ACAGAAGUUACUCCCACCAGUCAAAAUGGCCUUCGCCCUUGCCAAGUCCUCCGCUCGCGCCGCGGUGUCUCGCCGCUCGACCGUCAAGGUCGAGGCGCGCCGCACCGUGAAGCCCGCCUCCAAGGCGUCCACCCCGGACAGCUUCUGGUAUGGCCCUGAGCGCCCCCUGUUCCUGGGCGCCUUCACUGGCGAGCCCCCGAGCUACCUGACUGGCGAGUUCCCCGGUGACUACGGCUGGGACACCGCCGGUCUGUCCGCUGACCCGGAGACCUUCAAGCGCUACCGCGAGCUGGAGCUGAUCCACGCCCGCUGGGCCAUGCUCGGCGCUCUGGGCUGCAUCUUCCCCGAGCUGCUGGGCUCCUACGGCGUGCCCUUCGGCGAGGCCGUGUGGUUCAAGGCUGGUGCUCAGAUCUUCCAGGAGGGCGGUCUGGACUACCUGGGCAACCCCAACCUGGUGCACGCCCAGUCCAUCCUGGCCAUCCUGGGCACCCAGGUGCUGCUGAUGGGCGCCAUUGAGGGCUACCGCGUCAACGGCGGCCCCCUGGGCGAGGGCCUGGACAAGCUGUACCCCGGUGGCUCGUUCGACCCCCUGGGCCUGGCUGACGACCCCGACACCUUCGCUGAGCUGAAGGUGAAGGAGAUCAAGAACGGCCGCCUGGCCAUGUUCUCCAUGUUCGGCUUCUUCGUUCAGGCCAUCGUGACCGGCAAGGGCCCCCUGCAGAACCUGUCCGACCACCUGGCCAACCCCGGCACCAACAACGCCUUCGCCUACGCCACCAAGUUCACCCCCCAGUAAAUGCCCUGGCGGCACAGUUUUGAUGUACCAAUAGGGAUGCAGGUCUGAGCGGUUUAUUUGGGUCGUCUUGUGUGGUCUGGUGGAGCUUGAGUUGUUUGGGAGCGGUGGGUUUUGUGUGCGGUCUGGCCGUGCAGCAGGCAAGGUCCCGACAGGCGCAGGAGCGGCUAGCUGCGCUGGGACUUGUCAACGUUUGUAAAUUUUGAGAGAAGAC